GAGCUGCAUCAGAACGUUGCUCACGGGGAAUGGUUCUUCACCCGCUUGAAGCUGGCCAAAUCCAAGCCCACCUCACCAAGUCCCACAGACGCAACCUCCUGAACUCCCUCCUCCGCUCCCUCUCCCUGUCCCACGCCCCCGAGAAAGCCCUCCAUGUCUUCCGCCAUAUUCUCCACCUCUCACCUCCCUCCUCCUCGGAUCACUUCGCCUACACCUUCCUCCUCCGCGCUGCCUCCCUUCUCCAUCCCGACCACGGCCUCCAACUCCACGCCCGUCUCCUCAACUCCGGCCUCCACGCCGACCUCUUCGUCCAGAACUCCCUCAUCGGCUUCUACACCUCCGCCGCCGACGUCGACUCCGUCCGCCGCGUCUUCGCCGGCAUCGCCCGCCCCGAUGUAGUCUGCUGGACUUCGUUUGUGUCGGCGCUGGCGAGGUGCGGGCGCGAGGAUGAGGCCCUCGCGGCCUUCCGCUCCAUGGACGUUCCCCCGAACGCCUUGACCCUUGUGAGCCUGCUUCCCGCUUGCGCUCGUCUCGGUGCUCUCCUCCCCGGGAAGGCUGUUCACGGGUUUGGCCUUAAAAGCUGCGGUGGCCAUGGCUGCAACGUCAUAUUGGAUAACGCGAUUUUGGAUCUGUACAUGAGCUGCAGGGAUUUGGUCAGUGCCCGCAAUUUGUUUGGCGAAAUGCCGAGUAAGGACGUCGUCUCAUGGACGACUCUGAUCUCUGGUUAUGCGGCCAACGGAAUCCCUGAAGAAGCCAUAUCAGCCUUCCACGUGAUGCUACGGCAUGGUCAGGUCGAGCCGAAUGAGGCGACCAUGGCCUGCGUGCUGCGCGCCUGUGCUUCUCUUGGAGCGUUGAGCACUGGCAAGUGGAUCCAUUCCUACCUGCUCAAGAGUCACAUCGGUGUUUGCGGUCUCCCCGGUAAUGCUUUGAUCAAUAUGUACGCGAAGUGUGGAGUGAUAGUCAUGGCUUGGAGAGCUUUCAGUGGGCUUGCUUGCAGAGAUCUGGUGUCUUGGUGCACGAUGAUGGGAGGUCUGGCAAUGACCAGUCGGUCAGAUCUUGCACUCCAGCUGUUUGCUUCUAUGAUUUGUCAUGGGCUGAGGCCGGACGGUGUGGCGUUCCUUGCAUUACUAUCAGCGUGCUGCCAUGCAGGAUUGCUCGACCAAGGUCUGAUGAUAUUUAAGGCCAUGAGCAAGGUUUAUGGAGUUGUUCCCAAGAAGGAACACUACACCUGUAUGAUGGAUGCCUUCUCACGGGCUGGGCGCCUAAAGGAAGCGGAAGGGAUCCUUUGCAGCAUGCCGGUUGAGCCUGACAAGCAUGUGUGGGGAGUCUUGCUGAGUGCUUGCAAGACGCAUGGAUUACAGCAAGCAGAGUGGGAGCACCUUGGUGGCAAGGCCCUCGGAGGUUACUUGGAUUUUGGAGGAGGGACUUAUGCAUUGGUGUCGAACAUUUUGGCUGAUGCUGGCAGAUGGGAAGUCUCUAAUCAUGUGAGGGAUCUGAUGAGAGUGAGAAAGGUAGAGAAGACAGUUGGGUGUAGUAGGAUUGAGGGUCGUUGACGUUCUGUUAAUGUCAGGGCUACCUGUUAUGAGCUCCAGAAGAUGGUUGGGUGCAGGAUCGUUGUUAGGUCCCAGUAGUUGAAGCUAGGCAUGAUACUGAUUCCGAAAAUAUAUAUAUAUAAUUUUCUUACAAAAUUUUGAUAAAAAAAAAA